AAAACAGAAACACGUAACCCUUCUAUGUCUUUUUUUUCAGAUGAAAGAUCUCUUGAUCCAGUCUCUUUGUCGGUGCCUUCCAUUAAUCUCCUCGACAAAUCCCUAAACUGCUGUGAAAUUUUCACUCAAAGGAUGAAAGAAGAUAGAUCUAUUGAUUACUUCUGGAGAUUUCAAAUAUAGUUUUGUAAUACGAAGACACUACAAUUGGAUAGAUAGAUCCCGUCUCCUGUUUAAUCACGAAGAAAAAGCCUCAGGUGGUUUCAGAUCGGAAAAGAAUCAGAUGACGUAUAACGGUGUUAAUGGUGUUGUGAAACUUCUGUUUCCUGAGCUCAAGGCUAGUGAUGUGUUUAUUGGCAUGGUUAAAACUAAGGCGGAAAGGUACACUAAGUAUGGUAAGCUUGCUGCUGAUUGUGGAAGACCUUUCUUGUUGAUAGAUGGAUCUUACAAAAUGGAGAAGAUAUUGGAGUUUCUAGGCAAGAAAAAGUUUCCCUUGAUUAAAAAAUCGAGUGAAAGCAAUACUGCUUGGGUUUAUUCCACUCCUAUUAAGCUUCAGGUUAUGAUCUUUGCCAAGGCUGAUGAUUUUCAGAGUAUGGCUCCGCCUCUUGAAGAUAUUGCAAGAAGGUUUAAAUCGAAGCUCAUGUUUAUAUACAUUGAUAUAACAAAGGAGAACCUUGCGAUGCCAUUCUUGACCUUGUUCGGAAUAGAGGAUGCAAACAAAACUGUUGAUGCAGUGCUAAAAGAGAAGUGUAAGAUUGACCUGUGUGUUGUGAGGAUCACUGGCUCAAGUAACAUGUUUGAGGGAAUCAACUUAUCAAGAUGUAGUGAACUUAUGAAAUAAGAGGGAGAGUCGGCUGAUGCUGAUAUUGCAAGCUGUUACUACCACUGGUUGCUGCGAGGAAUCCAUGUUGUCACUACGACACAGGACAGAUCUGCAUGAUGUUGGACGUGGAAAGGUCAAAGUAUCAGUUAUCAAGAUGCAAAAGAAAACAACAACCAUGGGGAUCAACAUCUUAUAAUACGGUUAGUUAUUACUUAUCUCUUCUAAGUAAGUCGUAAGGUUUCUGAAGUAGGGCAGUGUAGAAUAAGGUUUUAGAUUAGAGAACCCUGCCUUUAGUUAGUAUGCUUUGUUUUGACUUGCUUGAGUGUUGCUUGGUAAGGGUAUAUGUUAAUGAUAGUCUUAUAUAACAUGCGCUUUAUUUUGAUAUGGUUUUAAAGACCAAAAAACUCAUGCAUCUGUCUAUAUCAAAAGAAUAACAAACUUAUUGCAUUCCAGAUUCGUUGGAAAAGAAAACAAAUGUUGUUUGCAUAACUAUUAGAGAACUUUGUGAACCAGCAAGCAUGCUUCCACCAUAGAACAUGUCAACUUCUGAGAUCUGCUAAGAACAAAUAGUUUUUAUUAUAUGUAAUGGGCGAGUCAAAACACAUUCCCUGGUUUUUAAAACAAAGAUCACAUCCAAACAAAAACUGUAUAUGACAUCAAAAAUAUGAAAAGACAUAACUUAUUACCUCAUUUGUUAAAGGUUGUCGAAAACUUCUUUGAAAACUACAUUCUUAGUUUGUUUAUGUGGUUUGCCAUCUUCGUCUAAAAUCAGAAUUUUCAAUCCCUUUUUGGAAGUCACUCUAGAAACAGCAACAUAUAACUGACCAUGUGAAAAGACAGGUCUUGGUAGAUAAAGACCUACUUGAGAUAGUGAUUGCCCUUGACUUUUGUUGAUUGUGAUUGCGAAAGCCACAGCAAGAGGCAUUUGUCUUCUUCUCAUUUUGAAUGGCAAUCUGGUGUCAGAAGGGGUUAUUAGCAAUCUAGGAAUAUCAACUAUCUCCCAAUUCUCUCUCCUGUUAUAAUCCUAGCUUGAACCAUAAAAUCCAUUACCUGAGUGAUCUGCAGUCGUCCCAUUCAUUAAGCCAUCAGAAGGAGCUAUGUUUCUCAAAACCAUAACAGGACAACCAACCUUUAGUCUAAGACUAUGGUUUGGUAAACCAGGAACCUUAAUUGUGUUUAGAAAAUCAGCACUAAGAGCUUCAUUGUUCACAGCACUUGUAUCAGAAGGAUCAAUGCUAUCAGCAUUAUUAUAAGUUUUUUCCUCACCUGAAAGAGAAAACAUAUAUUUGGAGAAUAAGACUCAAAUACAAAGAAAGCGAAAUCAAUAGAUGAAAAUAGCGAAAUUUACCUUCUAGCUUGUCCAACAUAUAUUCAUUAACUGUAUUAACAUCCUCGUUAGUUGGACAGAGGAUAGCUCUCUCUUGAAAAAACUUGGCUCUUUCUUUUCAUGCAAUGAAGUUGCUGUGCCAUAAAUCUCUUCGCUGAUUGCUUCUAUAGGAUCAUUACAGUCUGUAAUCAAAAAUUCAGGGGGAAUUUCUAUCUCUGCCUCACCAUCAUUAGGCUCUGAAAGUUUACCAUCACCAACUUUUAAUAUCCACUCUGAAAAUUCUUUAAGAUCCUUUGCCUCUGCUGGUGACAAUCCUGCUGAUAGCAAUCUCAUAUUCUUGAAGAGUUAAGAACUUUGCAGUGCGUCCAAAGAUAGGAUGAGUUAAGUGAGGCCAUAACUAUUUCAGCUCUACCAGCACCAUUUAUAACAGGCAAAACCUGCCUAAAAUCACCACCAAACACGAUAACCUUUCCACCGAAUGGUUGUGUGUCGUGUUUCCGAACAAUAUCAGAUAAACUUUUAUCCAAAGCCUCAAAACAAUGCUUGCUCAUCAUAGGCGCUUCAUCCCAG